GGCCUGUCAAACCCUGUCCUGCUCCUGUCACUCAGCCCCAAAAGGCCCUGGAGGUCACUGGGGAUUGCUGGGGAUGAGCCCCUCAGAGGGCCAGGAUGUUCCUGCCCUGCCCUUUGUCUCCAGGAGUGUGACCCCCCCAGUCCUGGGGCACCCCCCAGCUGAAGAUGGUGGCCUUUAACUGGAAGGCUCUGGAAAACUUCCCACUGCUGAUGUACAUUUUGGCAGCUAAAACAUUGAUCCUUUGCUUGGCCUUUGCUGGAGUCAAAAUGUACCAGAGCAAGAAAAUUGAGGAGAAACUGAAGAGGGAACGUGAGGAGAAGCUGAAAGCAGAAGCAGAGAAAAAGGAUGAGUGAAGAAUCCCUCAGGUUCCUGACAUUUGGGUUCAUUUCCCAGGAGGAUGAAACCUUCCUGCAAAAGAAGGAUGUGUCACCUCAGAGGAGUGACACUUAAAUGAUCUCCGUUUUUGUAUGUACAGCAAAGCACCUGAGCCCCUCUAUUUAUGCAAUAAAAUAAAAGCUUUUGUU